AUGCCGCUCAGGAGGAAAAUUAGCGUGAUGGCCAUGUUCAGUGUUGGGAUUUUCCUCACUAUUGUUAGCAUCAUUCGGAUCAAGAGCCUGCUAGACUUUGCGAAAACACCCAACAUUACUGCUGAGUUACUCGGGGGUGUAAUCUGGUCCCAUAUCGAGCUCUGCGUCGGAAUUGCGGUCGCCUGCAUGCCGGCAGCGAGACAUCUGGCAUGGAGGCUCUUCCCAAAGCUGCUGGAACUCAGUCGGCGCACUUUGUCAAAGUCCAGCAAGACAAAGCCUUCUGUGCAUGUGGAGGAGCUUCAGCCUGUCGCUAAGGGUCGACGCUCACUGAAGUCCGACACUACGACGACCCUCCAGUCAAACACGACCACAAUGGUUGACCCCAAUACGCCAAAUAGUGCACAUUUCCCGUGA